CUUAUAAAGCUUGAUUUUAUAAAGCGAAUUGUCCCAUACUACUAUAAUAGGAUUUUUGGUUGAAUUUCCUAGACGCCUAUUUGCAAACAAGGAACCAAGGUCCUACUGCCAAAUGGUGGGCAUCGGAACCAGGCUCUAAAUAUGGCGCUGCCUCUUCCAAACUUGAAGGGGCAUUGUCAGCUUGGCCAAUUGCGACCUGCCAUCAACCUAACCUUAUUAGUAGAUCGUUGGAUUGUUGGCCCAGGAAAAGAGAUUUUCUGUUCUUGCCGCAAGCAAGACCCUGGUUAGGGACAUGAACCUGCACAUGAUUGGAUUAGGGUCAAUGAAACCACGAGGAACAAACUUUUUGAACAAUCAAGCGUGGCCGCCCCACCCCAAGAAAGAAAAAUCAGAAUUAAAUUAUAAAAUUUUAAAAAAAGUCAAAAAUCAAUAGUAUUUUACUAAUUUAUAAUUUUUCAAAACACAUUUUAUAAAAUUUAUCAUAACUGUUCUAUAGUGGUUGUUUCAAGGAUUUCCAAGCAUUCAAGAAUGAAGAUACAUAAUGGUUACCAUCCAAGCAUCCAAGAAGAAAGUGGAAGAAAGCCAAUAUUGUGAGAAACCCGCAACUCCCAACUCUUGUUUAUGUAAAGAGAGGAGGCGCAUGGGCAUAAUAAGAGAAAUCCCAGUAGCAGAAGCAGCAGCCCACAAAGUUUUGGUUGAAGAAUUGGACGAUGCCAUUGACUCCAUCACGGGUCGCCCACUCACCGGCUCAUGGGUGUGGGACUCCGCCCUUGUUUUGUCCCGCUGGGUGUCCACCCACCUCAAUUUUCAAGGCAAGUCUGUCCUUGAACUCGGAGCUGGUGCUGGUCUCCCUGGCUUGACCGCAGCUCUGCUUGGUGCCACCCGAGUUGUACUCACUGAUGUCCAACAGCUCCUCCCAGGCCUCUUAAAGAACGUUGAAGUUAACGGCUUUACAGACAAAGUGGAAGUGAAACAACUGGUUUGGGGAUCGGACGACAGUGGAAUAACGGAGUCAAGCACGUUUGACAUAGUUUUGAUGAGCGACGUGUUCUUUGAUUCAGAAGAUAUGAUUGGAUUGGGUAAGACGCUCAAAAGAGUCUGUGGAGAAGCUACGCAAGUUUGGGCCGCCACAGAAAUGAGGCCAUGGACUAUUGAAUGCCUGGAUCAGUUGAUGGCUCAAGGCUUCCAAGUGGUUGAGCAAGAAACGAGUCAACUCAGUGUUCAUGCAGCAGUACAAGAUUCUAAUACCUUCUUUGCCAUCUUUCAAAUCAAGCCAACACUUGCAGAGAAUUCCCAGCCUUGACCAGCACCUCUUUUAAAUGCAUGGUCAGAUUCUGCUGCUAUUAGUAGUGUCUAUAGUUCUUGUGGUUUCUACUACUAAAAUUUUAACUUGGUUAGAUCCUAUUAAUUCUGCACCAUACAUAAAAGUCGUAAAAUAAAAUUAAUUCAUGUUUUUCAAUUA